CUGCAUUUGGCAUCCUGCAUCCUUGAGCUCCCUGAUCCGCAGCAGAUGGCCUGGUUACCGAGCAGCGCGAACGGAGCGGACAACGCGGACGAGCGGAGCACCGCCUCGAGCGGCUCCUCCGGCCACAGUCAGGCCAACGGGUCCCCGCGGUCCGGAGGUGCCACUGCCACUGGCAACGGAGUCGCCAGACCACCGCCCGCCCUGCUGCGACACACCACUCCCCUGCACCACCUGCAGCCCAAGACGGAGUCCCUUUCCGACGGAGACGGCGACCCAGAGGGCGACGGAGAAGGCGACGGCGACGGCGACGCGGAGCUCUCCGACUUCUCGCUCAACGACACCGAGGAGGACGAGGAGGACCUGCGGGACUACAUCGUGCUCAACGGGAACCAGGCGGAUGCGAGUCGAUCCCUGUCCAGCUCCCCGCGCAGCCACUCCCGCAACGGCGUUCUGACCGCGCCGCCCAGCUCCGGCAGUUCUGUCAACGGAGGCGCCUCGGCGGGGAACGCCUCCGGGGGGAACGCUUCCGGCGGCGGAGGAGGAGCAGGAGUGGGGGUGCCAGGAGUGGCGGGGGCCACCGGCGGAGUGCGCAAGGUGUUCACCAACACGCGGGAGCGCUGGCGGCAGCAGAACGUGUCCGGCGCCUUCGCGGAGCUGCGCAAGCUGGUGCCCACGCACCCGCCGGACAAGAAGCUCUCGAAGAACGAGAUCCUGCGCUCGGCCAUCAAGUACAUCAGGCUGCUGACGGGCAUCCUCGAGUGGCAGCAGCACCAGGCGCCGACCCAUCCGGCUGGUGGCGGUCAGCAGCUGGAGCCGAACAACAACGACAACCGGACGGUCAACGGCCACGCGGCGGACGGGGAGCUGGACAACGUCUCCUGUCGGCAGAUCAAGUGCGAGCGCGCCGACGUCCAGCUGCCGAGGAACGGGCUCGGAACAGGGAACGGUUGCGGGAACGCAAUUGGAAACGGAAACGGAAAUGGAAACGGAAACGGAGGCAAUGACCUGCUCAUGAUUGCGCCGGGAGCCAUCAUCAAGAGCGAGCUUCUCCUGGAGCACCACUCGCCACUGCCGCUCGGCCACCCGAGCACCCAGCUCCCUUCCCAGCCCUCCCAUCCAACGCAUCCAACCCAGUUGACGCAGCUGCCGAUGGGCGAGUCCCGGAUCUCCGGAAGCAUGUCCGGCGUUAAGGCGGCUGGCAGUCGGAGCAGCAAGCGACGCCUCAAGUCGGAGGGCGGGGCCACCGAUCUCAGCCUGGGCAAACGCCGCCGGACCUAGAAAAUCCCCUCCCCGGAAGAUGCAAUCUUUCCGACAAACGCACGUCAACUCUGCCGAAGCGACCGGAGCGACUCCCAAAUAGUUCACUUCUCUCCUAUACAUACACAUUUUUUUUAUUAACAAAUAAAUUUGAAAGUUAUUAGUGCAAGAAAAA